UUCACUUCCAGGCAGGGAGUGAGGCUCCGGCAGCUGCGUGCUCUGCAGUUGGCCUGAACUGGCUGGGACGCAGCGAGGUAGGAGUGUGAAAACGAGACAGCGAGGGAAGUCGGUGAAAGGAGACCAGUCAGCAACCAUAGGAUACUCUUGUUAUGCCAAGUCUAUAGACUACUCCCUCAACGAGAAUGGCGCGAUCUGUGCAAGACUUGCUUUAAAAAUUACAAAGGUCUACGUAGUGUGAGUUUUGAUUUGGCUAUCGAAAGGCUAUGCUGUUGCGCCCGCUCGACAUCUCCGCUCUUCUUGCCGCGGCGCAGCCAACGUCUAUCAUUUUCCAUUGACAUCAAGAUUCCACACCGACCUCAAAUGCGUGGACGUAGGACAAUGGACUAAACUUGUACUAUUCGAGUCAUUUUGUAUAAAAAAGGAGACAAUUGUCUCAAAUUUGAAAGUUAUUUCGUGUUGGCUAGUUUCCGAUAUUCUGCCUGGGCUUUAUUUGGUUUUGUGGAACGCGACUGUGAUGCAGUGGAUGUUCAAGGCGUAAACCAAUUGUUGACUAAAGUUUACAGAGAGCAACCCACACUGAAUCAGUCUGAAAAUGUCGAAUACACCGAAGUUCAAAAAGGAUAAAGAAAUCAUAGCCGAGUAUGAAAGUCAAGUUAAAGAGAUCCGAGCUCAGCUGGUGGAGCAGCAGAAAUGUCUGGACCAGCAGACGGAUAUGAGGGUCCAGCUGCUCCAGGACCUGCAGGACUUCUUCAGGAAGAAGUCUGAGAUCGAGAUGGAAUAUUCCAGAAACCUUGAGAAGCUGGCUGAGCGCUUCAUGGCUAAGACCCGCAGCACCAAGGAUCACCAACAGUACAAAAAGGACCAGAAUCUGCUGUCCCCAGUGAACUGCUGGUACCUGCUCCUGAACCAGGUGAGGAGGGAGAGCAAGGACCACGCCACGCUCAGCGACAUCUACCUCAACAACGUCAUCAUGAGGUUCAUGCAGAUCAGUGAGGACUCCACGCGCUUGCUCAAGAAGAGUAAAGAGAUCACCUUCCAACUCCAGGAGGACCUGAUGAAGGUUCUAAAUGAGCUCUACACUGUCAUGAAGACCUACCACAUGUACCACUCUGAGAGCAUUAGCGCGGAGGGCAAGCUGAAGGAGGCGGAGAAGCAGGGGGAGAAGCAGACUGGCCGCUCGGGAGAUCCAGUCUUCCACAUCCGUCUGGAGGACAAGAACCAGAGACGCAGCUCUGUCAAGAAGAUCGAGAAGAUGAAGGAGAAGCGCCAGGCCAAGUACUCGGAAAACAAGUUGAAGUCGAUCAAAUCUCGUAACGAGUACCUCCUGACGCUGGAAGCCUCCAACUCGUCCGUCUUCAAGUACUACAUCCACGACCUGUCAGACCUGAUCGACUGCUGUGACCUGGGCUACCACGCCAGCCUAAACCGGGCCCUGCGGACCUACCUGUCAGCAGAGUACAACCUGGAGACGUCUCGCCACGAGGGGCUGGACAUCAUGGAGAACGCUGUGGACAGCCUGGACCCCCGCAGCGACCGCCAGAGGUUCAUGGAGAUGUUCCCCACCGCCUUCUGCCCGCCCGUCAAGUUUGAGUUCCAGCCUCACAUGGGAGACGAGGUGUGUCAGAUCUCGGUGCAGCCGCCGGUGAACGGGGAGCUGGUGUUGAGGUUCCAGCAGCUGCAGUCUCGCCUGGCCACGCUGAAGAUCGAGAACGAGGAGAUAAAGAAGACGUCCGAGGCGACUCUGACCACCAUCCAGGACAUGGUGACCAUCGAGGACUACGACGUUUCUGAGAGCUUCCACCACAGCCGCUCCACUGAGUCGGUCAAGUCCACCGUGUCGGAGACUUACCUCAGCAAGCCCAGCAUCGCCAAGAGGAGGGCCAACCAACAGGAGACGGAACAGUUUUACUUCAUGAAAUUCCGUGAGUUUCUGGAGGGCAGUAACCUGAUCACCAAGCUGCAGGCCAAACACGACCUUCUGAAGAGGACUCUGGGAGAAGGUCACAGAGGUGAUUACAUGACCACAAGGGCCUUCACCCACACCCUCAAGCCCCAUGGAGGCUUGCGAAGGGCCAGGCCCAGAUCUCUCUUUAAUGUUAAGUUGUUCAAUGGCAACCUGGAGUCGUUCAUCCAGGACUCUGGUCAGGCUAUCCCACGUGUGGUAGAGAGCUGUAUUCGAUUCAUCAACCUGUAUGGACUUCAGCACCAGGGCAUAUUCCGUGUGUCUGGCUCUCAGCUCGAGGUCAAUGACAUCAAGAACUCCUUUGAGAGAGGUAACGACCCCCUGACAGACGAGGAGAACAACCAUGACAUCAACUCCGUGGCUGGCGUUCUCAAAUUGUACUUCCGGGGUCUGGAGAACCCCCUAUUCCCCAAGGAGAGGUUCAAUGACCUGCUCUCCUGCAUCAGGAUAGAGAACCUGUAUGAGCGUGCUCUGUACGUCCGCAAGAUCCUGCUGACCUCCCCGAGGGCCGUCCUGAUCGUCAUGAGAUACCUCUUCUCCUUCCUCAACCACCUGUCCCAGUACAGUGACGAGAACAUGAUGGACCCCUACAACCUGGCCAUCUGCUUCGGGCCCACCCUCAUGCCCACCCCAGACCUCCAGGACCAGGUGUCGUGCCAGGCGCACGUCAACGAGGUGGUGAAGACCAUCAUCAUCCAGCAUGAGACCAUCUUCCCUGACGCCAAGGAGCUGGAAGGCCCCGUGUACGAGAAGUGCAUGGCUGGAGGAGACUACUGUGAGAGCCCCUACAGCGAGCACGGGGCUCUGGAGGAGGUGGACAACGAGGGGGGGGCCGACACGCACACCAGCGAAGACGAAGCCGAGCCCAUCGAGGCCAUUGCCAAGUUUGACUACGUGGGUCGCUCGGCCCGGGAGCUGUCCUUUAAGAAGGGGGCUUCCCUGCUGCUGUACCAGCGUGCAUCUGAGGACUGGUGGGAGGGCCGGCACAACGGCCUGGACGGCCUGGUGCCUCAUCAGUACAUCGUGGUGCAGGACAUGGACGACAGCUUCUCGGACACGCUGAGCCAGAAGGCGGGCAGCGAGGGGAGCAGUGGGCAGGCCGCGGAGGACAGGUGCCCGGGGAGGGACCCAGGCUCCCCCACCGAGCCACGCGGCUCCGAGGCCUUCAUAAGCAGCAGGCACAGGAAGAGGUCUGAGCCUCCAUCACGUCGCCCCCCCGCCCGCCCCAGUGACGCCCACUGCCUGGUGCACGCUUCCCAGCAGGGUCACGGGGGAGGUCACGCCCCCGAGAUGGGCUCUCCCGUCCUGGGUCACUUUAGCCCCAGAGACCUGCUGCGGAGCCGGAACCACGGACACCUGCCUCUGGACAGCCCCGAGCGGCGGCGGCGCGCAGGGCACGGCAGUCUGACCAACAUCUCGCGCCACGAGUCCCUCAAGAAGAUCGAGAGCCCGCCCAUCCGGCGCUCCACCUCCUCUGGGCAGUACACCAGCUUCUCAGAGCCCCACGGCAAGAACCUGGACCCCGAGACCAUCGCACAGGACAUUGAGGAGACUAUGAACACAGCCCUGAACGAGCUGAGGGAGCUGGAGAGGCAGAGCUCAGCCAAGCACGCCCCAGACGUGGUCCUGGACACCCUGGAGCAGCGGCCCCCCUCGGGCCCCACCCCGGCCAGCUCCAGCGAGUCCCUCAGCCCCCCGCCGCACCACCACCACCAGCACCACCACGCGGCCGCGCUGCGCCCCGUCCCCUCUGACGUCCCCGUCCGCCGAAGCACCAGCUCCUCCAGUGACACCAUGAGCACCUUCAAGCCCAUGGUGGCCCCGCGCAUGGGGGUACAGCUCAAGCCCCCCGCCCUGCGGCCCAAACCCAUGGUGCUGCCCCGGAGCCCCCAGGCUCAGCCCCCCGCCCUGCCUCCCCAGGACCCCCUGGACAAGUCCUGCACCAUGUGAGCCCUGACAAGGACGAGGGGAGAGGAGCAACACGCCAUCACGUCCAUACAAAUCGGUAGUCCUAUUAAUAACUAUUACGUUAGAACUUCAUAAUAAAUAAUCCAAUGUCCGUCUGGACGUUGCUCUGAUAGACUUUAAACUGGUUGAGGUGGAGUGGAGUGUCUGAGGAUUUCACCCCGGAGGUGAAAGGUUCGCGGCCUGCUGCCUGACACAAGCGGCCAGCUGGGACACCGGGAGAGAGACAGGCUGUUUGGAGAGACGAGCGACGCGUGUUGAAGUAGUGUGUCAGUAGCUGUCACACUGGAGAACAUGAUCAAACAGACAGCUUUAACAGUCAAUAGAUCAGUCAUCUUUUCACUCUUAACAGGAACAACAAAUCACAAAGGCUUCCUUCAAGGUUUUAGAAUUAUUCCUUUUUACCGUUAUUGGUUGAAAAGUCUGGAACAUUACACACAACAAUGAAAGUAGGUUAACCACUCAUCCAGGUGAUCUAUGGGUAGUGUAGUCAAUUAGCUGACCCUGAAUGCAACUUCUCAACUAGGUGAACAAUUCUUAGGUUUUAGUUUUACCAAUAUUAUAUUAAGGCCUUACUGCCACUCUAAUGUAUAGUAUCUGUUAGUUCACAGAGUAUCUUUAAGUUGCUUCAGUGUCUAAAGCAGAGAUGGGAGUAUGACUGCAUUCAAGAUAUAGACGGAGGUACUUUGGAUAGCUCAGAUACCAUAGCUAUAGAUAUGGCAUAACCGCACCAACUCCAGGACAGGGGCAAGUGAACUGGAUAUAAACACAGCUGUGUCUGUGGCAAGGGAUUGGCUGGACCUCACACCCAAUCGGAUCGCUGCCAUGAUCCUGCCACACGUGGCUGGACUGAACGCAGGGUUGUUUUCUAGCCUGGCCCGGUCUGGCUUGGGACAGGAAGUAGGGGAGGGGAUAAAACCACUGAACAGGAAGUCUCCCUUGUGGAACAUUCUGUGAACAUGUUGAUACUGUACACUCCCGACCUCCUGCCUGGAAACGCAUUUAUCUUGGCGUCUCUCAAAGUAAGGAGCCGUGAACACACUACAUUGUACUCAUUUACUUCCAAAUAAGACCCAUCUGUGGACCGGGACUGGGUCCCGGUCCUGCUGGGUAAGCCUGCGCUCUGUCUCCCAUAACCACACUAGCCUGGCUUUCUCCUCCUACUUUAAAAACAGCCAGCCCAAAGAGCAUGGCUGUUUCUGUCACCUCUUUCCCACCCCUGGACAAUGCAGACACGCUCCUAGAGAGUCCUGCAAACUGGUGGCUGCUCAAGAGACAGACUUAGUCGUCAGUGUUGCUGUGUUAGAGACUCCUGGAAGCACUCGUGUGCAGAGUCACAGCGGCAGAUUUCUGUUCAAGACUCCCGAGUCUGUUGUGGGUCUGCUGUUGUGUUACCUGUUGUGGGUCUGCUGUUGUGUUACCUGCUGUGGGUAGCUGUGACUGGACUGGGAGGGGGUACGACCAGCACCCACGGACCCAAUCUCAGCCGAGCUUCAUCAUCCGCGCGGACAGCGCCUGGAUCUGGCCUCACGUAGGGGUCCAUGUGUGGAUGUUUUCCUGGAGAGUCUCUCCUGGAGGAACGUUUUGCAGACUCACCCGAGGGACGAUGGAACUCUUGCGCAACUCUGGAACCAAUCGUGACUGAAAAUGUUUUCCAUCACGGACGCUUCUCUCACGUUUGUGUGUGUGUGCAUGCAUGUGAACGCUGUUUGUUAAAACCUCUGUUGAAGGGGUUCCGAAGUGGCUGGACAGGAUCAGGCAAAGCAAAACACACACAGGGUCUAGAGAGAGAGUGUGUGUGUGUGUGUGUGUGUGUGUGUGUGUGUGUGUGUGUGUGUGUGUGUGUGUGUGUGUGUGUGUGUGUGUGUGUGUGUGUGUCACUGGGAAGAGAUCCUUGUCUGUUCAUACAGCAGCUGGUCAAAGAAGAAGAACCCCUAAUAACACGUCUCACAACAAACUGUGCUCUCUUUACUGAAACGGCUUCACUGUAUGCAUCUAAUGACUUAGACUGUACAUCGUUGUGUAUAUUAAACCGGGAUAUGAUUUUACUUCUGGUGACUAACUCCUGCUCCUUUCUCUGAAUUUAGUUCCUUUUUUUUAUUUGUUUACCAUUAUUAUUAUUUUCUAGACAUUUACCUGGAUGUAGAACUCUGGUUGUAGAAACAAAAGGUCGGCUAUCUCCAGGCAGGAAACUUGUCUGAGAGGAGCGUGGCAGAGUUGUGUUUAGCUCUCUACUGUCCUGUGCAGUAGUGGCUCCCCCUGCUGGGGCUGUGGCCGUACUGCGCCCACGUACAUCUGCAGUAUGUUCACAUGAAAGUGCCUUUGGAAACUGCUUGAGAGGAAUUGCAGCCUUGCUCUGUACUGUUGCAUUGUGCUGUGAGAACAUGUGUGUGAGAGUGCAGUAGGAAAGCGGAUGAAUUGAUAGUGAUGCCAUUUUAGAAAGGGUUUAUUUAAUGGAUUAGAAAAAAAAAUGCAUUAAUAAAGAUACAGCUUAACCAUUGUGACAUUGCACUUUUAUGUAUAGAACUGUAUAUUUGGCAUGUAACAACAUCAUAACAACUUUGAGAAGUCUUUUAGGACUUCCUUUCUAAUAAAGGAAAUAGUUUGAUCAGUCUAAA